AUGAUUACUUCCCUUUGUUUAUUGCUUUCGCUUUUCGGACUCAUAGAUACACAGAAGCUUGUCGUCAUUAUAGCUGAAGGUCUCAGUGGAGCACAUUUUCAUCGAUUUUCUCAUCUUUCUGGAUUACGACUAUUUGAAGAGGAAGGAGUAUGGUCAACCCGGCUUUUCCCUGUAUUUCCCACGCUACCUUUACCUAAUCGCCAUACAUUAUUGACAGGGGUACUUCCGCGCAAACAUGGAAUGAUGAACGAUUUUGUUUUUAACUGGAGGACCGGUCAGGAAUUUCUGAACUUCACACUAGAUUCCGAUUUCAAGAAGAGUGAAUGGUGGAUGACUGAUCCUAUCUAUGUGACAGCUACUGAAGCAAAAGCAUCAGUUGCUAUGUUUUUCUUUCCGGAAUGUAACGUGAAUUGGAUGCCAGCACCCCACCUAUGCAUUCCACCACGGGAAGACGGCUUGACAUUUGCGGAUGAACGGAUAGCGAAGAUCGUCGUCGAGGCAACAAUGUCCCACGAUUUGGUGCUGGUCUAUCAUCCGAAUAUUCGUGAACAGAUAGCUAGUAUUGGUCCAAAGAGAUCAAACGAACGAACUGCUACAGAAGUAGAUCAAUUUCAACAGGCUCUUGAACGGCUCACCGCACAAGCUCGCGAACGAAUUGAUUUAAAUGUGAUAGUGGUCUCACCUCAUGGUCUUGUUGAUGUUCCUAGAAGAAAUAUAAGGGUUUUGGAUGACUACCUCCCUAUGGAAUUGCUGCAGGUGACGAUUGGAAGUGGAGCUGUGAAGCAGCUGAUCGCACAGCCUGGGAAAACACAUCAAGUUUACUCGCAGUUGAGGAAUCACACACCAAUUCCAAACGUGAAAAUCUACUAUACUGCUCCUAAGGUGGGUGAUUUGCCGGAAUGGUACCAUUACAAAAAAUCCUCGACUGUUCCCGAUUUGGUGCUUGUGGCACAACCUGGUUAUGCUAUUGUUACUCGAGAUUUUGGGAAGCAGAUACCACCGGCGACUCCUAACGAGAUCAAGGCUGGAAUGAGCGGUUACAACAAUCACUAUCCAGACAUGUUGGGAGUGUUCCUUGCUUAUGGACCGGGUCUCCACUGUUUUUGUGUUGGAGUGGUCAUCGCAGAACAACUCCACAGCAGAAGUCAUUCUUUGUUCCGCAAAGGUUAUCAUAAAGGACCGCUCGAGUUGUGUGAUGUCUACACUUUGAUGUGUUCUCUGUUACGAAUCGACGAUUGCAACACGUCAUGUGGAAGAAUUCUACGAAUCGAUGACGUCCUCACAAGUGACACCCGAGUUGCUGUACGAGCAAAAUUACAUGCAUCGAUCAAUCGUGCGUCUUUUGUGGACGUCGCAAUCGCUGUUGUUGUUGUUGUUGUUGUUGUUAUGCUAUUGUAA